AAGAGUGGACUACAUGGAUAUGGUAGACCAUACACAUGAAGGAUAAAAGAAGCCUAUAGCCACACACACACACACACGACACAUGAAAAACCCCAUCACCUUAUUACCAAAUAUACCAACCCACCCCGCCCUUUUCCAAACAAACAUUAACGGCCACAAAACAAAAUCAAACAGAGAGGAUGCUUAGUGCUACCACCACUUCAUCAGCUGUUUCUCUACCUUCAAUUUCUCUCUCUAAAACCCUAAUUUCUUCCAAUUUCGUCACUAAUUCCAGAAAUCUUUCCUGCUUCUCUCGUCAGUUAUUCCAUUUGUUUAAUUUUAGGUGCUACAGUAGCAGGAGAAGCAAUAAUAAUCUUGCAAUGACGUCGAAGUUUUCUCCUCGCGCUUCGGCUCAGAAAUUGAGUGAUCCUGAUGAGUUGAUUGACUCCGUUGAGACCUUCAUUUUCGAUUGCGAUGGUGUUAUUUGGAAAGGAGAUAAACUUAUUGAUGGAGUACCGGAAACACUCGAUAUGCUGCGGGCUAAGGGAAAAAGGUUGGUUUUUGUGACCAAUAACUCAACCAAGUCUAGGAAGCAAUAUGGAAAGAAAUUUGAGUCUCUUGGGCUUAGUGUCAGUGAGGAGGAAAUUUUCGCAUCAUCUUUUGCUGCCGCUGCAUAUUUGCAAUCAAUUGACUUCCCUAAAGAUAAGAAGGUCUACGUUAUUGGUGAGGACGGCAUUUUGAAAGAGCUUGAGCUAGCUGGAUUUCAAUAUCUUGGUGGCCCGGAAGAUGGCGAUAAGAAAAUAGAAUUGAAGCCUGGUUUCUUGAUGGAGCACGAUGAAAGUGUUGGUGCAGUUGUGGUUGGAUUUGACAGAUACUUCAAUUACUACAAAGUCCAGUAUGGAACUCUAUGUAUUCGUGAAAAUCCUGGGUGUCUCUUCAUUGCUACAAACCGUGAUGCUGUAACUCAUCUUACCGAUGCUCAAGAAUGGGCAGGUGGUGGUUCAAUGGUUGGUGCUCUUUGGGGAUCUACCAAGCAAGAGCCUCUUGUUGUAGGGAAACCUUCUACAUUUAUGAUGGAUUAUCUAGCAAACAAGUUUGGCAUUACUACGUCUCAAAUAUGCAUGGUCGGGGAUAGAUUAGAUACUGACAUACUGUUUGGACAGAAUGGUGGCUGCAAGACACUUCUUGUUCUAUCAGGUGUAACUAGUUUUGAUACGCUUCAAAGCCCCAACAACACAAUCCAACCUGAUUUCUACACCAAUCAAAUCUCGGACUUUCUUUUACUUAAAACCGCAACUGUUUAAGCAGGUAACCUUCUUCAGCUGAGUUCUUUCCGACAAUUGAGCUAGCUCAAUAAGCCAGUUGCUAAAAUCCAUAAAUAGCAUCAUUUUGAAGCUUGAAUAACUUGUUUUAAUAAAGUGAUAAAGGUUAAGAUCAAUGUACAAGACAUACAUUUGUGAAACAUUGAAUUAUAUGGUUACGUUCCAGCUGAUUUUUCGAGCACAGGAACAAAGUUUUCCACUUUUCGGGGACAGUUGCUCAAAUCUCAUUAAUAGAGAAAGCCAUUCGAUUGUUAUCGUUUUCAUCCCUUUCGCUUGUAUGAUACAAACUUGUGUAUGUUGUAUACAAAAUCUCUUUAUUUGACAAACCCAAUUCGAUUGCUGGUUCUUGGUUAGUAAAA